CUCUGUAAUGUUUUCAUAACCUCUCGUGCCAGUGACAUAACACUGGUAGAGCCUACGGCAACUUGCGCACCGACAGACAGACCUACAGACACACCGAGGGACAGACCUACAGACACACCGACGGACAGACCAAUAGACACACCGAGGGACAGACCUACAGACAGACCGACAGACAGACCGACGGACAGACCGAGGGACAGACCUACAGACACACCGACGGACAGACCGACAGACACACCGAGGGACAGACCUACAGACACACCGACGGACAGACCUACAGACAGACCGACGGACAGACCUACAGACCAGCCACAUUGUGAGUUGGGAAUUCUUGCGCUACGGACUCUCGCACACAAGUGCUACAACCGAUAAACCGGCACUCCUUUAUUAACGGGACAGACACCGGGACAUAUAAUGGAUGCAUUCGAGCUCUCUUGGAACUCAACGGUUUGCUAAACCAAACCCGGGAAACGUCGCGACUCCCGAAGCAGCCCACAGACGCACCGGAGCGUUUUGAACAACCGGGACAAAACAACCGGACAGAAACCCGGGGACGAGAGCAGGCUGGACUCUCGUUCUGAGGAACAUUUUCUAUAGUACCUUGACUAGACUAUUUUCCCUAUAAACAAAAGACGUUGAAUAGACAGAAGAUAGUGUCUCUUUUACGGUGCAGCAGGCUACUUACUGUGUGUGGUUUUACUGAAUACAGUCGAGUCUUUCUAGGAUGGAGUUGGCAUGGAUGAAACUACUGCUGCUGUGUUUUAGCUGUUCAGGAGGGAUAACUGAUUACAACAGGUGGGCGGGCCAGGAGCUGUUGUCCAAUGGGCUGUGUCAGUACGGGACCAGGGUGGAGUGCUGCUGGGGCUGGAGAAGGGCUUCCUGGGGGCACUGCCAACCUCUGUGCCAACAGGAGUGUAAGCAUGGAGAGUGUGUCGGACCGGAUAAAUGCAAGUGCCAUCCAGGAUACACUGGCAAGACCUGCAAUCAAGAUCUGAAUGAAUGUGGGCUAAACCCCAGACCAUGUAAACAUCGCUGUAUGAACACCCAGGGCAGCUACAAGUGUUACUGUCUAAAUGGAUACCUGCUGCAACCUGAUGGAACCUGCAGGAAUGCCCGUACCUGUGCCAGGGCCAACUGUCAGUACGGCUGUGAGGUUACCAAAGGGGUGGUGCGAUGCCAGUGUCCGUCUCCAGGGUUACGGCUGGGGCCAGACAGACGCACCUGUGUGGAUGUUGACGAGUGUGUGGGGGGUCGAGGGGUGUGUCCCCAGAACAGGAAGUGUCAGAACACCUUCGGCAGCUAUGUGUGUAAAUGUUACCAUGGUUACAAACUCACCUACAUCAACGGCAGAUACCACUGUAUAGAUAAGGAUUCUCGUUCCUUCUGCUCCCUCAACCCUGCCUCUCCCAAGUGCCUCUGUAGAGAAGGGAAGGGAACGGACUGCUAUCCUGUUGCCAAGGUCACCAUUGUUCCUCCUCAACCUAAAGCCACACCCAGAUCUACAACGAGACCUACACCUAAACAAACAACCAGACAAACAACCAGACAGACAACUACAGUCAGACCUACUACUACUGCUACGAUAGCAACUACAACCGCAGCAACCACUGCCAUGGCAGUAACUACCAGUGGACCUACCACCACGACAACCACCGUUACGACAACCACCGUCCCAACAACCGUUCCCACGACAACAACCGCGACUCAGCCAUUGACAACCACUACAACCCCUACUCCAACUACCCCUGAACCUACCACUUCUACCACUACUUUAACUACAUCAACAACAACGAGAAUACCUAGUACAACAACAAAAACAACGAGAAUACCUAGUACAACAACAACAACAACGAGAAUACCUAGUACAACAACAACAGUUGCUAAGACAACCUCCGUCCCAAUAACCACCACCACCACAACAACUACAAUCCCACCCUCCACCCUCUCCCCUACCACACCCAGGCCUCCUCCCUCCACCCUCUCCCCAACCACCUCCAGGCCUCCUCCCUCUACCCUCUCCCCUACCACCCCCAGGCCUCCUCCCUCUACCCUCUCCCCAACCACACCCAGGCCUCCUCCCUCUACCCUCUCCCCAACCACCCCCAGGCUUCCUCCCUCCACCCUCUCCCCUACCACCCCCAGGCCUCCUCCCUCCACCCUCUCCCCAACCACCCCCAGGCUUCCUCCCUCUACCCUCUCCCCAACCACCCCCAGGCCUCCUCCCUCCACCCUCUCCCCUACCACCCCCAGCCCUCCUCCCUCCACCCUCUCCCCAACCACCCCCAGGCUUCCUCCCUCCACCCUCUCCCCUACCACCCUCAGGCCUCCUCCCUCUACCCUCUCCCCUCCUCCCUCUACCCUCUCCCCAACCACCCCCAGGCCUCCUCCCUCCACCCUCUCCCAAACCACCCCCAGCCCUCCUCCCACCACCCUCUCCCCUACCACCCCCAGCCCUCCCACCACCACCACCCUGGACAACCACAUUCAGAAGGUUGUUACACAGAGACAGAGAGGAGAUGUGCACAUCCCCCGUCUUCCAGGAGGUGGAAACCAUGGCUUUGACUAUGACAUUGAGCUGGGAAACACUACAGGGGACAACAGAGACGAUCCAGGGGCCGGUGCUCUGAGCUGUUCGUUUGACCACGGUCUGUGUGGCUGGAUCAGGAACAGAGAUGGAGACCUGCACUGGGAGACAGCCAGCAGCCCUGCAGGUGGGCGGUACGUGUCUGUUCCAGAGGUAGGGGCGGGGAAACGAAGCAUUCAAGGCGCACGAUUGGUUCUCCCCUUAGCCCCGCCCUGGAGCGAGGGUCACUUGUGCUUCUCCUUCCGUCAUUGGCUAUCAGGUCACCAUGUGGGUGUGCUUCAGCUGUUCGUCAGGAGGAAGGGUUUGAGAUAUAGCCCCGCCCUCUGGAGCCGUACGGGGGGAGAAGGGUGGAGACAUACACAGAUCACACUGUGGAGAGCAGGCCUGGAGAGUGUCCUUCUGAAAGGAGAGAGGAGGCGUGGCCACAAAGGAGAGAUCGGAUUGGACGACGUUAGCCUGAGGAGAGGAGUCUGCAGAGAGGAGAGACUCUAACACACACAGACUCUGGCACUUCAGUCGACUUUACCUAAUACAUUACAACAUUUUGUAACUUCAAGGCCGGAGGAACUCUUCGAUCAAAUGUAUUGAUAACUGAUCAGAUAUUUUGAGUUUGUCCAGUGAUAAUUAUUGAUAUUGUAUGAUAAUGAUUUGGCUGUAUCAGCUGAUUUUAUUAGUAAAGACAAAGAUUGGUCAAAAUGCAUUUUGGAUAUGUUUAAUGUAUUAUUCUAUUAACAAAUACAGUCUGGGUCUGAGGUACAGUAUGUUACUACCACAGAGCCCAUUCUGAGGUACAGUAUGUUACUACCACAGAGCCCAUUCUGAGGUACAGUAUGUUACUACCACAGAGCCCAUUCUGAGGUAUGAUAGUACCACAGAGCCCAUUCUGAGGUGUGUUAGUACCACAGAGCCCAUUCUGAGUUAUGGUAGUACCACAGAGCCCAUUCUGAGGUAUGGUAGUACCACAGAGCCCAUUCUGAGGUAUGUUACUACCACAGAGCCCAUUCUGAGGUAUGGUAGUACCACAGAGCCCAUUCUGAGGUACAGUAUGUUAGGACCACAGAGCCCAUUCUGAGGUAUGUUAGUACCACAGAGCCCAUUCUGAGGUAUGUUAGUACCACAGAGCCCAUUCUGAGGUAUGUUAGUACCACAGAGCCCAUUCUGAGGUAUGUUACUACCACAGAGCCCAUUCUGAGGUAUGUUAGUACCACAGAGCCCAUUCUGAGGUAUGGUAGUACCACAGAGCCCAUUCUGAGGUAUGGUAGUACCACAGAGCCCAUUCUGAGGUAUGUUACUACCACAGAGCCCAUUCUGAGGUAUGUUAGUACCACAGAGCCCAUUCUGAGGUAUGUUACUACCACAGAGCCCAUUCUGAGGUGUGUUAGUACCACAGAGCCCAUUCUGAGGUAUGUUAGGACCACAGAGCCCAUUCUGAGGUAUGGUAGUACCACAGAGCCCAUUCUGAGGUAUGGUAGUACCACAGAGCCCAUUCUGAGGUAUGGUAGUACCACAGAGCCCAUUCUGAGGUAUGGUAGUACCACAGAGCCCAUUCUGAGGUGUGUUACUACCACAGAGCCCAUUCUGAGGUAUGGUAGUACCACAGAGCCCAUUCUGAGGUAUGUUACUACCACAGAGCCCAUUCUGAGGUAUGUUAGUACCACAGAGCCCAUUCUGAGGUAUGUUACUACCACAGAGCCCAUUCUGAGGUGUGGUAGUACCACAGAGCCCAUUCUGAGGUAUGGUAGUACCACAGAGCCCAUUCUGAGGUGUGUUACUACCACAGAGCCCAUUCUGAGGUAUGGUAGUACCACAGAGCCCAUUCUGAGGUGUGUUAGUACCACAAAGCCCAUUCUGAACGGUGUGUAUCCAAUAUGAACGACUAACUACUAUUAAACUAUUAAAGAUUCUCUGUGUGUGUAAGUAA